CUGCCCCCGCCGCGGCCCCGCGGAGAGCGAUGGCGGGCUCCAGGCCGGCGUCCCGCGCCAGCAGCGUGGGCAGCCGCCCGGGCAGCCGCUCCGCGGCCUACCGCACCGUGGGCAGGAAGAGCAGCGUCGACGAGACGCUCUUCGGCAGCGCCCAGAGGACGCAGCUGCCGGACAUCCACCAGGCCAGGGACGCCCUGGCCGGGAAGGACCCCGCGCGCGCGGGCAGCGCCCGCGGGGGCAGCGCGCGGCCGAGCAGCAGGCGACCGCCAGCGCCGCGCGGCGGUGGCGGCUACCCCUCGCGAAGGAAGCGUGCGUCAUCGACGCCGUGGAGCUGA